AUGGAUAACCGAUUAGAGAAAAAUGUAAACAAACUUAUUGAUCGAUACAAAAAAACAACAUAAUAGAUUGAUUAAAUUAUGCAAUAUGAUCCAAUUCCUCAGUAGCCUGCUACUUAUUUUACUGGAAGAUCUAGACCAAGUAGGAUUAAAGAUGAUGAGUAAACAUUCUUUUUUUUCUACAUUUAGUGAGGAUUCUUCAAAAGAAAGACGUAGACAAAGUGGUUCUUUAGAAUAGAUUAGUAGAUUACGAGAUACAUUGAAUGCUAAGGAACUUCAAGAAAAAGAAAAAUAUGAAAGAAUUAGGAUAUUAAAUUAGGAAUUGAAAGUAAAUUAAUAUUCAUAUUAAUUAGAUAACCUUAAAGGAUUAUAUGAAUAUCAAUAAAGAAUUAGAAAAUAAAUUACAGAUUAAAGAAAAAUAAAUUAAAUCUUUAGAAUCAGAAAAUAGAUUGAUGCAAGAUUAAUUAAAUAAAGGGGAUUAUAUCACUAAAGAGGUCAAGGUUAAAGUUGACACUCAAGAGAAAUAUCUUGAAGAAAUAUAAUAGCAAAAUCAUGUUCUUAGAUAAAAAUUGCAAGUUAAAAAAUAAAAAUUAGCUACAUUAAGAGAAUAAUUGAAAUAAGGAGAAACAAUAUUUGAAUAAUAAGGGUAAAAUUUUGGAAAAGAACUUGAAAGAGUAUAAUAGUUAUGUGAAGAAUUUUCAAAUGAAAUGUAAUUAUAAUAUUAAUAAUAUUAGAAAGAAUUAAGAAUAAUAAAAUAGAGGAUUGGAGGCAGAAUUAGACCAAUCUAAAAGUGAAUUAGCUAAUAGAGAUGAACAAAUUAGAUAUUUUGAAUAGUUAUUCUAAGAUGUACGUUAUAGAGAUUAUGAUCAAUAAUAAUAAAUAGAAAGUUUGAAUUAAUAACUAAAUUACUUAAAAUCUUAAUUAGAUCAAGCUAAUUAAAAAUGUGAAGAAUAUUAAAAUUAGCUAUCAAAAGCUGAAAAACAUCAAUAACGAAUAUAUUAAAAUUAAGAAGCAGAGAUUGAAAAAAGAUUAUCUCAGCAAAGUAAUCUCUUAGAAAAAAAAAAAUAAAAAAUUAUUGAAUAAAAAGCCUUAAUAGAUAAUUUACAUAUUAGAAUUAAAGAAUUUUAAAGAAUAUUAGAUAAUGAAGAGAAAAAUAGUAAUGUGUAUUUAUAAGAUUUAAAAAAAUUACAAGAUCUUAAUAGUGAAAUGAAUAAUUUAAAUGAUAAUUUAUAAAUUAAGUUAGUAAAUGCUGAAAAUAAAAUAUAAGAUCUAACUUAAGAGAUUUGUGAUCAAAAAUCUAUUAUGUAAUAAAAAAAAUUAAAAGCUGAAGAGCUUGAACUUAUAACCAGAUAAGAUUUUAGAACUAUUGAAUAAGUAAUAUAUUUAGUGAUUUCUUCUAGCUCAAACAUUAGGUCUUAAAUUUAUAAGAACAAUUAAGAAUGUUUUAAUAACAAUGUAGAGAUCUAGAGAACAUGUUACAAUUAAAAUAACAUGAAAAUGAUUAAACUAUGGAUGAAAUCGAAAUUAAGAUUGAUCAUCUAGUAAAAUCAUUGGCUUCAUCAAAAGAAGAAGUAAUAUAAUUUAAAACUCGAGAAAAUGAAUAUAAGUAAAAAAUAAAACUUUAAGAUGAAGAAAUACUUAAAUUAACACAAAAAUCUUCAAAAUAUAAAUAAUAAAUAGAACAAAGUUAAUAUUCACUUAAAUAAGUAAUGAAUAUUUAUUAUUAUUAUUAUAGAUAGAAGAAAAAGUUAAAAUUUAUGAAAAUGAAAGAGAAGUUAAAUAAAAAUAAGAUCUUUUAAAUAAAUAAGAUCAAUUUACAACAUAAAAUAAAUUAAGAGUAUUAGAUGAUAUUCAUUCUUUAAUAAAAAUGCAUAAAAAAUUUUGA